AACCGCAUGCAACGCAAUAACGCUAUUUUUCGCAUUUUUCACGCAUUACAACUGAAAUUAAAGCAAUUAAUGUGUUUUUGGAUUAGUUAAUGAGAAUGGCAUUUACACGAGAAGUAAUCACACUUCAAAUUGGAAACUAUUCCAAUUACGUUGGCACACAUUGGUGGAAUAUUCAGGAAUCAGCAUUUAAUUACAAUCCACAUGGUGCACCGUCAGAAGUGAGCAACGAUAUUUUAUUCCGUGAAGGUGUAAAUCAACAGGGUUAUAUUACAUACACUCCUCGUUUGUUGUUGAUUGACCAUCAUGGUGCCUUAUCGCACUUGCCAGCCGAUGGAGGAUUGUACAGUGAUCAAGCAUCGCUUCUAAAAAAAGUCCAGUCGGAAGAGAUGAAAGUUACUGAACAGGAUACUUUAUGGGAGCCAAACCGUUUGGAAGUAUUAGAAAAUGACCCUAUUGAAAAACCAGAGUAUCAGAAAGAUUUGGAUGGAACCGCUGAAUCGGUUGAGGAAAAACAAUACGAUUUUCGAAACAACACGAAAACAUGGGCCGAUUAUAUGUACACGCGAUAUCAUCCACGAAGUAUAAAUCUACUGCCUGCAUUGAACAAAUCAAGCGAUAUUGCUUUUGAUUGUUACACACGUGGUGCACAAAUGUGGACGGAAAAUUAUUUCGACGAUGAGUUUGGAGAUCGCAUACGGCAGUACAUUGAGGAAUGUAACAAUUGCCAAGGGUUUCAAAUGUUAUUCGAUGCAUCUGAUGCAUUUUCUGGGCUAGCGUUGAAAAUUUUAGAGCACAUUCAAGAUGAUUAUGGUAAAACCAAUUUUACCAUACCGAUAUUUUCACCGAAGCAAAUCGCAUGCGGCCCUGAAGCUACGGAAGCACUAUGUGAUUCAACGCGUGUAAUUAAUGCAGCCUUAACAUACGGAAAUAUUAUCGAUUACAGUUCCUUGAUUCUACCUCUUUCGACGAUGACGCGAUGCUGGCGUAAUUUAUCACGACCACGAUUAUUCCCACACUUCAAAUAUGAUUCAUCCAAUUUGUACGAAACAUCAUCAAUUUUAGCCACCUACCUCGACACAAUUAGUUUGCGUUAUCGUAUGAGUGAAACGAUUGACACGUGUCACUUAGCUGGUUUUUGUAAUGAUUUAACGAAUUAUGGACGAAAAUUGGCAGCCGCUGGAUUGGCUAUGCCAUUCAACAUGUCAUCUGAGCACGAACUCAUCGACUGUCUCGAUCAAUUUGAUGGCAAAUUAUUCACACAACUAUCGCCCAAUUCGGAAAUCGGCACCGAUCGCAUCGUACAGAGUGUCAGCGUGCGUGGAAUUCCAGGGAGUCGUCUCAAAAAUACAAAGUUACGAAAAGAAAUUGAGCGUCAGCACAGAAUGGCCGCAUAUCGUUGCGAUAGCGUUGCCGAAAUGUUCCAAAUGUAUUUUCAAUGCAGUAAUUACAAUAGUCUUUCACACGUUUCGGCAUUGCAAAGCGGAAUGAUCACAAAGAAACCAUUCCCAGUGGAGAUUUUUGAUAGUCGUCUGAAUUCAAAGGGAUUCUACAACGAAUUUGAAAUGAGCGUUGACGAAGCGGCAAAAAAUAAAGUCGAUUCAAUUCCAGUUUUGGCCACGGCGCAGUCUUCGAAUGAAUUGGCUGAAACGUUAGAAAGUCUACAUAGAGAAGCCAAACGGAUCAAAGUGGCGAGAAUUCAUCGGUUUAAGGAGUGUGGUUUGGAGCCGGACGAAUACGAAGAAACACUGGAAAAAAUUGUCGAAUUCAAAGAUAAUUAUGAAGAUGCCUUUGAACUGUAAAAGUAAUAUUAUUUUCAUAGUAAAAACAUUGUUUUCGCUCUUGUUUUAAAAAAAAAAUUGAGCUUAAUGUCGUCAAUAAAGCACAUUGGCUGUAUUUUUUCGACUGAAAUUUUAAAAAAUUGGUUCUUUCUAUCGAACAUUUUUACGGCUGAGAGAAAAAGUAAGUUUGAGUGUGAAAAAAGAAGUCGGUACUCGUCUGCACACGUGUACAUUGCACAUAACGAGCCCGCGAUUGUAACGACAACAACCUGAGAUUGAAUUUCUGCUGCUGAGCAGGCCUCAGCUGUACUGGAUUUUCUGACUCAGACGCUGAAGCGCUAUUUUAACGCAAUCACAGUGCAAUAUGUUUAUUGUUAGCAGAAAUCCACUUAAGUCCAUCGUAUAUCAAUAAAAUGUGGAUCUUUGCUAGCAUUGAAUAUUUUGCACCGCCAAAACGUUAAAAUAACGUUCCAGCGCCUGUGUCAGGAAAUUCAGUUCAGCAGGCCUACUCAGCAGCGAAACCACACUCCCUGACAACGACUGGAAAGCUACAUUUUACAAAACAGCACGUUUGCAUAUGGUUGACCUUGAAAAAAUACACUUUUUAAGGAAUUCCGAUGCACAAGUUUGAAACAAUUUGAUUGCACUCGAACACUGUCAUUAAUAUAAUUAAAGACAUGCGCGAUAUAUUCAAAUACCCCACCAAUUUUAUUUCUUUUGCUUAUAAAUUGGCCAAUGGCGAUUGUUAUUUCGUUUAGUGUGACUGCGAACUUGGAUACAAUAAGUAUUUGUUCCCGUAGUUAGAAACAUCAAUUCGAAUAACAAGAGUGAAUAAAACGCAAUUAAUAAAUAAUUUUGGAGAGAUUUUCAUUUAUAGAGCUAUUAGAGUUGGUGUUAUGAAAAGAAAAAGAGGCCAAGAAAAAGAGCCAUUACCCUCAACUAUGGAGAGUGCUAGCAGUGAAUUGAAAGCGAACGAAGAAGUGGAAAAUUCUACAGGAAAGCGAAAAAACUAUUUGAAAUGGGAAGAUUACUUCAUGAGUGUUGCCCUUAUUUCUGCGCAACGUAGUAAAGAUCCAAAGACACAGGUCGGUGCCUGUAUUGUAAACGAAGAUAAACGAAUUGUUGGUGUCGGUUACAAUGGAUUUCCGUCCGGUGUGAGUGAUAAUGAAUUCUCAUGGAAUAAACCAUACAAACACUUGUACGUGGUACAUGCUGAGGAAAACGCUAUAAUUAUUCAAUUUUCAGCCGACUUAAAAAAUAGCACAAUUUAUGUGUCGUUGUUCCCAUGCAAUCGCUGUGCUCAAAUCAUCAUCCAAUCUAAAAUUGAAAAGAUCGUUUACAUGUCAGAUAAAAAAGCAGACACGGAAGAAGUGAAAGCAUCGAAAGAUAUGUUGGAUGCGGUUGGCAUUAAAUAUGAACAAUAUGAACCAUCGUGCAAGGGAUUGCAGUUAGAUUUAACAGAUUUUGAUAAUCAAAAAAUCGUGCAAUCUUGAUAAUCAACAUGCAUGAUCAAAAAGAAUUCAAAGGCAAAUGUUUAGUAUUGUUUAACUACUUUAAUGUAAAACACAAAACAUUCUUGAAUAAACAAUGAAAUUUCCAAUAUAAA